AUUUAGUAUCGCAGACUAUUUCCUGGUGCGAAGACCGGAUCGUCGAGUGGGAGUUCAGUGCAGUUCAGUGCCAAAUUGGGUCAAUGGGAUAUGUUGUGGGGUUGUCUGGAAGGUUUUCACCAGGUUCUGCCCAACGGCUUCUCAAAGAAUUAUAUACCCUUGUGCUAAGAUCUUGGUUAGACGUGGAGGAUACUGUGUCCGUAUAGCCGUCUGACAGCUGCGUCUACACGAGCAGCUGUUACCAGAAAAUGUGAGGUGUUCCUUGCCAUAUUUUGCUAUAUACUGGUAAAUUAAUCCUAUAAAGCCGUCACUACGUCCCGAGGAAAGGACUCAUCGACGGGGUCGGUCCGGCCAGGCUCAUCGGGACACAUGAGGUCCGUUACCUCUGUUUCCGAGGCCAACUUUCAGGGUAUCGGUCGCGAUAUGGCUGAAAGGCUCGGCCUCGGAACCGAGGUUCGUGAGCUAAAGUUGGGACCCACCUUCACGAACAACAAGUCUACUGCUUUCCAUACCCUGAAGUAUGACUUUAAACCAGCCAGCGUUGACGUAUCGAAAAUGGCCAGGGUGGACGUGGGUGCCAAUAACACGAUGACUGUUACAGUACCACACCUUGAUGGUGCUGGAAUUCCUCACACUGUGUUCAAAGGCUCGCAAAGACCCUAUCAUAAAGAGUGUGUUCUCAUUAUUGACAAGAUCACUGGUGAAGUUACUCUUGAGAAACUAUCAUCAAAUAUCCAAGUCAAAAAGACCAGAACGGAGCCAAAGUCCCAACCGUUUCUGGUAGUCCCAGGAUCUAAUAGUAAUAACAGGCCCAUCACUCCAGUAGAGAACAAAAAAAGUCCCACUCAUGGCAGGGCCACCAGUAGGACUAAGGUAACCAGUGGUAAGAAAAGGGAACCUACAAGUCAGCUUCAUCCUAAGCAGCAUAGUCCUCUCAGAGUCUCUCCGUACCAUGGAAAAAGUCCACCGAAUGUUCCAAGCAAUAGUUCUCCAGUGCCACCAUCAACGGUGCAAUCGACCCUGGCGAGCCUACCGAUGAUUGGCCUUGACAAUGACGACUAUGCACCUUCCUUACCGACUCCACUAGCUUCUAAUUCUUCCGCACCACUCAGAACAGCUUCUCCACAUUCGGACUAUCAACACCACCCCACGAAACCCGUGGCUACCAUGGAGAGUGACGAGGGUGCGUUGAGUGACUCCAGUUCAAGUAGUUCUAGUUCAGACAGUUCAGACAGUGACACAGAUGCUGAGAACAUACCAGUACCCAUGGCUACAAAUGGUCAUUCAAACGGCAUAGCCUCCUCCCCGUCCCUUCCGAUGCCGGACAAUUUGUUGAAUGACGAUCUCCAGCUCUCCGAGUCCGAAUCGGACAGCGAUUAGCGAGAGAUCAAGGCCAACCUCUGGAAUAUGAAUCACUGACAAGAGAUAAAUCUUUGGAAAAUCGUAAAAACAUGUUGCGUAGAAUUUAUGUACAAAAUCUUAGGCCCCGAGGAAGAGAUCCAGGAAACCAGAGUAAUUUUACUAAGAUAGUACCAGGAUAGUGACUCAUUCAGUCCAUUUAACUUAAUUAUAUAUAUAGCACGUAUAAGAGGUUCUGUGACAUCUUCCUCAAAGGUUAUGAUAUCUCCUUGUGCUCCAAGGUAGAAAAGCGUAACGAUCGUAAUUUCGACUGAACGUCGUCGUACUUCGAGCCGGUAGAUACAUAUACAAGAUCCUGCUAACGACUGAGUCGUAAGGAUGCUAUGUACCCCCACAAUUGGCACCACGAGUCCUCGAAAUUCCGAUCGUGGCCAUCUGAUAAGCAAGAGUGCAGGUGUAGUACAUACUUAUAAUAUAUAGACUGUUUCAAAGGAGACCUUACGUAUUUUAUAAGUAUAUAUCACAAAAUCUUGAUACGACAAUGGGCUAUCCUGGCACUACACUUUCAAUGUCCUUCCUGUUAGGGUCAGAUCGUCAUCCUGGCACGACUCAUAAGAUAUCAGGCAGAUCGAUACAGUCUGAUUAUAUUAUAAAUGGAAGAGUGCCAACGUGCUGGAUAUUGAUUAGCGAUUUUGCGGAUCAUGUAUAAUUAAUUGUAAGGUAUUAGGGCUUUUGUAAUAAUUAUUUUAAACUCAUAUAUAGUGUAUUACUCGUGUGAGCUCAAUCCUUCGAAUGAAUAAAAAAGAAGAAAAGGUCUUGCCAAAAAAAA